GUCUUAUACUGUAAAUUCUUGAAGUUCUUCAGAGUUGUUAUGAUCCAUUGAUGUAAAUCUUGACUUCCAAAAAACCUGUUUAAUUUAAAAAUAGUUUUAAUCAUUAAAUGAUGUCACAGGCAAAAUGUCGUUUAUAGGCAGUUAUUUAGGUGAUUUAUUAUGAGUAAAUAUUAUGUAACAGACAACGAUGUAACCAAUGUUUUAACUAACUGACUUCCUGAAGAUUAUCAACAUUGGAAAGUGGUCAAAUUAAAAGUGAUAUAAGUGAAAUGUUAUUUCCGAAAGGUUUCUUAAUUAAAGAGGGUUAAAUGUGCAACUAGUUUCCCCAACGUAAUAUUUACAAAAAAUAGCAUACUUAUUAACUAAGCAAAAUUCGAUUAGAUUGUAAAGAAAUCUAAAAGCUUAAUUUUGUUUUGACUUAAUUCGGUACCUGGAUAUCAAGGUUAUUGAGAUUGCUGAUCGAAAAUUUUUCAUCUGUGUAUGUAAUAUCGUUUAUUAAUCUUAGUUUUUUUUACUUCGUUUCCCUUAGUUUCAGUUUGUACAAGAAAUUUCUUGUUUAGUAAAAUCGAUGUGAGUUAACAUUAAUAUAACUAUGAUCACUUGGGUUGAUGAGUUUGAGGUUCACUAAAAAUAUAAAUAGCUCAAAACUUCACGUAAGCGUAGAUGAAGUGAAAUUGCCAAGGUGAUUUUACUGGAUAUAUUACAAAUAUAUGACAAUUAUUCUUAUACUACCAUGAUUGUAUGUUCGUGUAAUUAUUCCGUUUACUAGUUGGAUAGAUACGAUUGACAUAUUUUCAAUGAAAGUAUCACAAAGAGUACACUAAAUAUUCACAUAAUUUCCCAGAUGUUACAUCAAUCGAAAGUCUGAGAACUUUUAAGUAAUGUAUAUUGUUAGUUUUAAUUAAUUCUAAUCAAAUAAUUUAUUCCGAUGAUGAAGUUCACCAGAACUAUGCGAUAUGUUGAUGCAAUCUAUUUCGAACAAUGUUAUCACAUUCUCACUUGUCAAGUUAUUUGUAUUUAAAAAAUAACGGUUAAACUAGACAAAUCGGGAUAUAACAGACAAUCAAGUAACUAUUAAUCCAACUAAUACUUUAUUAACAAUCAAAAACGUAUAAACUCAAUAAGACAAGAAUCGUAGCUAUAUCGGGUUUGUAUUCACAUCACCAAGCAGAUCCCUAUGCAAUGAAUUAAUAAAUUGUGAAGGAACAAAAUAAAAUGUGUAUUGAAAUAAAUAAUAAAUGUGUUUCCUGAAUAGUUAUUGUCCAGAGAAUUAGCGUAAUAAGAUACUCCGAUAGGCGUAAAAACAGUCACAGAUAUAUAGAUAAGACUUUGCAUUUAAAACUGACUGACCUUUGUUAGACCAUGACUGAAAGCUAAAAAACACUGAAUAGACAUUUCGCCUUAGUAUGGGACUCCCCAGGAAUCACGAACGCAAAGAGGACUCCAAUCCUUAUCUAAGUUCUAUGAUGUAAAUUACAAAAUUCAGGUCCCCACAAAGCUCCUAUACUAAUUAUAUAGCUAGGAAUGUAGAACUAGUCGUACGAAUGUGUACAAAGUAUCCGACAGAACUACAUCAGUUAGAGGUAAGAGGUCUGUAGAGAAGGGAACAAAAGAGAAGCAGAUGGCUGUGAUGGAAGUAAAGAACGGAAAAGUUACAAGUGAUUAAGACUAGUAGAAGGAGAGGUUUACCAGUUUUUGUAUAUAUAAUUUGGUUCCUUCAAAAGCAUAUCAAGUGUUUCAGCAAUAUUAAGAAGACGGAAGAUAACUGUCUUUGACAGCCUUCUACUUACGUUGUAGAUAAUUUAAAACCCUGAAUGCGUUUUGAUCGAAUGGUCUUUGUUCACAAAGUGUUCGAUUAAUGAACUGCUUUUUGAUUUAGAUCAUGAACAGAUGAAUGAUAGACCACUGUUGAGAACCUGGAAGCACUAGAUGUCCGUUUCGUCCUAUUGUGGGACUCCUCAGCAGGGCUCAUCCACGAUCCAGCAUGCAGGAUUCAAAUCUAGGACCUUCAGUCUCGCGCGCGAACUCUAGACCACAGUGUUAAUGUCUGACUUCAUCCAAUCUAGGAAAUUGCGCGACCAUCUUACAUUGUGUGAGGUAGUUACCUAUCUCUACCUGUCACGGAUUAGCUACAUUGUUCACGGCUUCUCACUAGAAUUCCGACAAUUCCCUCAUGAAGCUAGUCACUAGUGAAUACAUGGUGUUCUAACAUUCAUCCGUUCAUUAUCUUAAUCAAAACUUAACAAUCUCCACAACCCUUAUUAUUAAGCUAUUUCAGCAGUUUUCCAGCCAAACUGAAUAGUGUUUAUCUUCUAUCUUCUUAGCAUUAUUGAAGCACUUGCUAUACAUUGGAAAGAACCAGAAAUAUGUAUGCAAAAAGAAACUCGUACAGUCUCUUCUUCUACUACAGUCUUAAUCACUGGAUUAAGAAAACGGAGCAAAAGCAGUGAGUCAGAAAACCCCUAAAUAAUCCCACAUUUACAGUUCAAAUUUAGGAAAUAUUAAACACUUUAUUACAUGCUAAUUCAUUGUAAAAUAAAGAGAAGAAACCCUGAAGUAUUCCAACUCAUAGGACUCGUUCCAUUUGGUGUUCCGAACGAUAACUAACGUCUACAACCAACAAUGCUAUAUUAGAUGCUAUUUCAUUUCGAUGAGAAUGAAAACUAUGUACACUAAUCUUACUCGGAUUCCGUUCUCUGUUGUGACUAUUUCUUGGGGAAAAUUAGCUAUGAAUAAAUCCUUUUAUGUUUGCAAUAAUUCUGUUGAUGUGUUGUAUGAAAUGUCUGCAUUAAAUAACAGGACUCAUAUGAUCGUAAUAAUAUUGACAGAAGUGUAACAUGAUUGGCCGAAUGUUGCUCAAAUUUUCAUUGGUCAUAUUGAAAUAUGUAAUACAGACAACAGAUAUUUGCAGUAUAUAUUUCACAUUUUCUGCUUGAAAAUACGUUCUUCAAACUGACUACGCUUUGUAUUGUCAAAGCUGGAUUAAAUUAGGUGGAAUUACAGCAUGAAUUCUAGGAAUAUAUUAAAUGAAGAAAGAUACUGAAAAAUGAAUUCAUCUAUAUCACGCCAUACUAAGCCUCCACAAAUUCAAAUGAAAUUAUCUGAAACAAAACAACAAGAAAAUGUACCAGUAAAUAAUUCACCAACGAUACCACAAUGUACACCUACAUCAUCGACACAAUCAGAAGCUGAUGAAGAAGUACGAAUAGUGUUUUUAGGUUCAGCUAAAGUUGGAAAGACUUCAAUCAUUCAACGUUUUCUCCAUAACCAUUUCGAAACAAAAUAUACACCAACCGUUGAGGACAUUCACUUGAAAAAGUUCAUAGUGCGUAAUCACAUAGUAAAACUUGUUUUAAUAGACACAGCUGGCAGUUAUGAUUUUCCAGCUAUGUUACGGUUAUGCAUAAGUAAAGCAAGUGCAUUUGUUAUUGUAUUUGCUCAUGAUAGCCUUGAUUCACUCGUACAAGCUGGUCAGCUAUUAUCACAAAUUAAAUCUCAACGUAAAGAUUAUGUCUCUCUAACUUCAAACUUAUCGCAUGAACAAAGUGGAGAUUGUGUACCUAGCAUGAACAUGGCAUCACCAAUUACUGUUGUGUGCAAUAAGUCCGAUUUACCAAAUUCAUAUUCACAAAUCAGUGAAGGUGCCAUAAUGGAAUGGUUGCUUACAAAUGGUUUAAAGCCAUCACAAUUCGUAUAUGUCAGUGCUAAAACAAACGACUCAAUUAUGUCAAUAUUUGAAUCACUAUGGUUACAAAAUGAUGUGAGUAAGGCAAUAACGUUAGUUAAAUGGGAUGGCACUAGACGAGCUAGUCUGAGUACUACCCAACAAGCCGGAAUAGCUACUAGUACUGGCAGUAAUACAAUCAGUAAUACAUCGGGGAAUAUGUUGCCCACUGGAAUAAAAGAAACAGAUUUUUCUGCGCUCAGUGGUACUGUACCUAAUAAUACUGUCUCAUCGAAUGAUAGUAAUACCAGUCCUAAUACUCUUAGUAAUGAAUUAUCUGAUGUGAGUAUAACUGAACGAAAGCACUCAAAGUUUCGUCAAGGAAUCUUUCGUAAUAGUUUGCGUUUAAGUCGAAGAUCUAGUGGAAAGACAAACAAAUGUAAACCAGAUUUAGUUUAUCUAGAUUGUACAAUAUCUUAAUAGCAAUUUAAAUGCUUUAUUAAGGAAUACAUAAUUAACAUUUUUUUGUGAAACUGUGUAUCCAAAAAAAGUCUGGAUAAAAAAAUAUCUAUUUCCUAGUUCCCAUCAAAAAUAAGUUUAAAAUUAUUCCAUCCUUCGUUCCUUAUAUAAAUUAUCAUGUAUUCUUCAUUGUCGAUAUAAAAUGUCUACAAAAAUUCUUAUAUGGUGUCCUAGAAAAUAUGUUGUCUAUAUUAGUGCGUCUAUUUCUUCUGUACAUUCAGUGAAAAUUUACUUAUAUGAUAUUUUUGUAAAUCUCAAGUAAUUAUCGAACAGAAAAAUAAAGAAAAUUAUCAAA